ACGCCAACACUCAUCAAAUUGAAAAGAGAUAGUAAAAAAAAAACAAACUUAGAGCUAAAAAUCUGACAGAUAUCACUAUCUUAAGCUUUUACAUGGAGGAGAGACCACUUUCCUGAAUGAUAUUUCCUUUAGUAAAUAUCCCCACUUAAAAUAUCUUCCAGAAUUAGCAGAUACGGUUGGUGCUUCAUUGAGUCAAUAAGGAAACCCAUAGAAAAAAAGAUGAACCAUCAAAUUCAACGUGACACAAGAUCGUUCCGCUUUUCAAUUCUCAGAGUUUAAGCAACAUCAGCCCAAGAAAUUUUGCAGAAUCAAAGGUACUAAAAUGCACAUAACUACUCUGGAAAACACGGGUCUAACAAUUAAUUGAUACCUGGUUGACAAGUAAACUGAAGAGAAAUAUUAGUAUCCAAGAAUCUUAUUUUCGUGGCUAAAAAAGGUCACUUUUGAAUUUCUCAUAUUAAAUUUCAAAUGAUAGACUGACCCUUUUGGCAGAAAAGAAAUCAGUAUGAGCUUCUAUCGAUCAUUUCUUCUUUUGCUCAGUUGCUUUUACGUAGUCUUUUCUGGUGCCAGUGCUUCAGACAUCAUUACCAGUAGUGAGCCCCUGAGGGACUCGGGAACUGUCUUUUCGAGUGGCAAAAGAUUUAAACUGGGAUUUUUUAGUCCUGGGAAUUCUGCAAAUCGUUAUGUAGGGAUUAUGUUUAACCUACCAUCACCAACACCAACUGCAGUAUGGGUAGCUAACAGAGACAAGCCUAUAAAUGAUUCUAGCGGAUUACUCACACUAUCAGAAGAUGGCAAUCUAGUAAUCUUGAAUGGACUGAAGGAGAUAAUAUGGUCAUCCAGUAUUUCAAACUCUAUGAAGAAUUCUACUGCUCAACUCUUGGACACUGGCAACUUAGUCUUGAAAGAUAGCUCAAACGGGAAAGUUCUAUGGGAAAGCUUUCAAUAUCCUACAGAUUCUCUCUUACAGCUCAUGAAAAUGGGCAUCGAUAAGAGUACUAACUCAACGGCUCUCCUGAAAUCAUGGAGAAGUCCUGAUGAUCCAUCUGUUGGGAGCUUCUCAGCUGGAAUUCAACUUCAAUACAUCCCCCAGGCUUUUAUUUGGAAUAACACCGUUCCUUACUGGCGUACUAGUCCAUGGGAUAAACAGAUCUAUAUUGGAAUACCCGAAAUGAAAUCUUCCUAUCGCUCUGGUGUUGAACUUGUAGCUGAUAAUGCUGGCACCGCAUACCAAACUUAUUCCAACGGAAAUCAGUCUUGGAUACUCUAUUAUUCCUUGAACUCAACAGGGUCUUAUCAGGAGAAGGUUUGGGAUCAAAGUAAGAAGGAUUGGGUGGUAACGUGGGCAAAUCCCCGAAGUGAGUGUGAUAUUUAUGCUAAGUGUGGGGCAUUUGGAAGCUGUAAUCCAAAGAGCUCUCCAAUAUGCAGUUGCAUACAAGGUUUUAAGCCUAAAAAUGAAGGAGAAUGGGAGAAAGGAGAAUGGUCUGGUGGAUGCAUCAGAAGGACUGCAUUAGACUGUGAAAGGAACAAAACUGAUGUUGAGACGGGAAAAAAGGAUGGGUUUUUGAAGAUGCAGACAAUGGGAGUACCAGAUUUUGUAAUUUGGGUAUCCUCUGCGAAAGAAGACUGUGAAAGUGACUGUUUAAGUAACUGUUCCUGCAUGGCAUAUUCGUACUACACAGGCAUUGGUUGUAUGCAUUGGAAUAGAAGCUUAAUUGAUAUUCAAGAAUACUCCAUGGAUGGGGCGGCUGAUUUGUUCAUUCGUCUUGCCUACUCUGAACUUGCUGCAAAUGACAAGAAAGAUUUCCCUGUAGCAGCUAUUGCAAUCACUGUUUCAAUAGGCUCAAUAAUAGUUAUCUUAUGUGGAUAUCUUUUCUGGAAAUUGUUGGCUAAACACAGAGAAAGAAAGAGGAAAAGUGAAGCAUUCUUAAGAGAAGCAUCUCCAAAAUGUUACCAAAACGGCAUGAUUAAAGAUGAUAUCAAUCAAGUCAAGAUUGAAGAUAUCACCUUGUACAGCUUUGACAUGUUAGCAACUGCAACUGACAGAUUUCACUCAGCUAGCAAGCUGGGGCAAGGAGGCUUUGGUCCAGUCUACAAAGGAAAAUUGCCAGAUGGACAAGAAAUUGCAGUUAAAAGGCUUUCACAUUCUUCUGGGCAGGGGCUACAGGAGUUUAUGAAUGAGGUAGUCGUGAUAUCUAGACUACAACAUCGUAAUCUUGUUAGGCUCCUCGGCUGCUGCACAGAAAGAGGGGAAAAGAUCCUGGUGUAUGAUUUCAUGCCCAAUAGAAGCUUAGAUGCAUAUCUUUUUGGUUCACACCAGGAAAAGUUCCUAGAUUGGAGUAAACGAGCCAUCAUUAUUGAAGGAACUGGUCGAGGCCUCCUUUACCUUCACAGAGACUCAAGACUACGAAUUAUUCAUAGAGAUCUGAAGGCAAGCAACAUCCUGUUGGACGAAUACCUAAACCCAAAAAUUUCGGAUUUUGGCAUGGCGAGGAUUUUUGGAGGCAAUCAAGACCAGGCACGCACUAUAAGAGUUGUUGGCACAUAUGGUUACAUGGCCCCUGAAUAUGCAAUGCAUGGAAGAUUCUCAGAAAAAUCAGAUGUCUACAGCUUCGGUGUGUUGAUAUUGGAAAUUGUCAGUGGAAGGAAGAACUCUAGCUUUUAUGAUGAUGAAGGUGAACUGACUCUACUUGCAUAUGCAUGGAAGUUGUGGAAUGAAAACAAUAUCAUAAAAUUGAUAGACCCUAAAAUAUUUGAUUCGAGCUUCGAAAAACAGAUGGUGAGAUGUGUACAUAUUGGAUUCUUAUGUGUUCAAGAAUAUGCAGAAGAUAGGCCAAAUGUCUCGUCAGUUCUGUCAAUGCUGACUAGUGAUAUGGCUGAACUAUCUACUCCUAAACAACCUGCAUUUACCGGAGGACAUGCUUCACCACAGCAAAGCCAAGGGUCCGUGAAUACUGAUACCAUAACUGUACUGGAACCACGAAUGGCCACUGGAUUUACCUUCCCCCCCUUUUGGUUCCUGUUUCUUUUCAUUCUUUCUUGUUUCUCCUCAUUCUGUUUAGGUGGUGACAGAGUUACACUAGGAGAGAUUUAUAAAGAUGGUGAUAACCUUACUUCUAAAGGAGGGGAUUUUGUGUUGGGGUUCUUUAGUCCUGCAGGUACUAGUAAAAGGUAUCUUGGUAUAUGGUAUGUUGAUAUACCAGUAAAGACAUAUAUAUGGGUUGCCAACAGGAACAAGCUUGUUCAUGAUAAAAAUGGUACCUUUUCAAUUGAUACAAUUGGGAAUUUGGUUGUUAAAGAUGGAAAUGGAGAUUUACUAUGGUCGUCUAAUGUUUCUGUUCAAACCAGAAAUUCUACGGCUUGUCUGAGAGACGACGGCAAUCUUGUCAUCCUUAAUAAUGACAGGGAUGCUGCGAGGUUAAAUUCUGAAUUAUGGGAGAGCUUCUCGGAUCCUACAGAUACAUAUGUGCCUGGAAUGGAAGUUCUCAUAGAAAGACAAGGCGAGCAAAAAGUUUUCCGUUCUUGGACAAAUGAGAGUGACCCUUCACCUGGGAGGUACUCAAUGGGAGUUGAUCCUCGUGGAACACCUCAGAUUAUUAUUUGGGAUGGACCGAAUAGACGAUGGAGGAGUGGACAUUUUGAUGGAGCGGAAUUCAUUGGUGUUCCAGAUGUGAUCAGAACAAAUUUUUUCUCUGGUUUCAGAAUUCUAAACGAAGGAGAUAAUAAAUUGUUACUCACUUACAGUGCCUCAAAUACAUCUUCUUUUCUGAGGUUUCAGCUUACUGUGACUGGAAAUGAGCUGCAACAGAGGUGGAACGAAGACGAGGGUGAAUGGAACACGUUACAAUCUAGGCCAGUAGGUGGUUGUGACUUGUACAACUUUUGUGGGAAUUUUUCAGAAUGUAAUAAAGAAGUAUGUCAAUGUCUAGAAGGAUUUGUACCAAGUGUUCAGGAGGAGUGGCAUGCUGGGAACCGAACUGGAGGAUGUGUUAGGAAGACAGAAUUGGAAUGCAGGAAAAAUAGCAGUGUUUCAAGGAAUGAUAGUUCAAAAGAUGAUGGAUUCUCGACUAUUCGGAGAGUUAAAUUACCUGACCAUGCUGAUGUUGCAGAAAUAAGCACAGAAGAGUGCAAAAUCAAGUGCCUGAAUGAUUGUUCCUGCAAUGGUUAUGCUCAUGUCAGAGGAAUCAAUUGUAUGGUAUGGCGUGAUGAUUUAGUUGAUAUAGAGCAUUUUGAGGAAGGUGGGAACACUCUUUAUGUUCGUCUUCAUCCUUCUGAUAUCGGUAAAAAAAAGAAGACUAUCAUAAUUGUUGUAAUAUCAAUUCUAGCAGCUCUGGCGUUGGUUGUUAUGGUAGCCAUUUGGCUAGUGUGCAAGUACAGGGCCAGAAAACGAGAAUCCAAGAGGACCAGUGAAAUUCCCAAAAACCAUUUAGUUAGGAGUGGAGAGUUCUCCAUGGAAUAUUCUGGACCAGGUGACAUCAGUGCUGAAGGGCAUCAAGGAAAUGGUUCAGAAUUAGCAUUUUUCAGCUUCAGCAUGGUGGCGACAGCUACUGACGACUUCUCUCUUGCAAACAAGCUUGGGCAAGGGGGAUUCGGCCCCGUUUACAAGGGAAAGCUACCUUGUGGUCAAGAGGUUGCUGUAAAAAGGCUUUCACAAAAGUCUGGACAAGGUGAUGAGGAGUUCAAGAACGAGAUCACUCUAAUAGCAAAAUUGCAACACAGAAAUCUUGUUAGACUUUUAGGUUGCUGUGUUGAAGGAGAAGAAAAAAUGCUGAUUUAUGAGUACAUGCCCAACAAAAGCUUAGAUACAUUUCUAUUUGAUACUGCUAGGAAAUCCCUGUUAGACUGGAGAAAACGCUUCAACAUUAUCGAAGGAAUUGCCCGAGGAUUACUGUAUCUCCAUAGAGAUUCAAGGCUUAGAAUAAUCCAUAGGGAUCUAAAGGCUAGUAACAUUCUGUUGGAUGAAGAAAUGACCCCAAAAAUUUCAGACUUUGGCAUGGCCAGAAUAUUUGGAGGAAACCAAAAUGAAGCAAAUACAAAUAGGGUUGUAGGAACAUAUGGAUAUAUGGCUCCUGAGUAUGCUAUGGAAGGCCUGUUCUCUGGCAAGUCUGAUGUCUACAGCUUUGGCAUAAUAUUGCUUGAAAUUAUAUGUGGACGGAGAAAUACAAGCUUUCGGACAGAUGAGCAUUCAGGCAUCAUUGGAUAUGCAUGGGAGAAGUGGGAUGAAGGUAGACCAAUGGACCUGGUGGAUCGUUCAAUUUGGGAUGGUUGUCAACACAAUGAAGCAUUGAGAUGUAUACACUUGGCAUUGCUUUGUGUUCAAGAUUUGGCGGCUCACAGACCAAACAUGUCUUCUGUGGUUCUGAUGCUGGAAACUGACAAUGUAAGGUUGCCCUUGCCUAGGCAACCUACCUAUACUUCAAUGAGAAGAUCUGUGGAUGAAGAUAUAUGGCAUGGGAAUCAGGAUUUAACAUCUUCCAACAAUGUCACAGUUAGUGUACUAAUAGGUAGAUGAUUGGUUAAUGCUUGUUCCUUCUUACAUACCUGCUUCAUUUGAAGAGAAUGGGAUCAAGUAGUGUAACUAUGUAAAGUUAUAGUUGGAACUAUGUUCAUAAUUUUUUGUUAGCUAGGUAAACUUUCGCACAUCAUGUGUAUUGUAAUUAGAAGGUGGUUCAGCUCUGCAAGCUGAAAGAGAGAUAUGUCACAACCUUGUUCAAUCGGUAUAGCUGAAGUUCUUUUGUUUACUGUUUGUAGAUGGAGAUGCUCCACCAAUCGAGCAAACCCCACUUGUCAUAUCUAAGUUAGAAUGAAGCACUUCAGUCGUUCAGUAUAUAUCACUGCAUAAUCAAGGGACAGAA